CUGUAAGACCACCCUCUUGCUGGCGCCCUCUGACCUUCUCAGCCCGGUAUAUAUAGCCAGAGAGGCUACCAGAGGUCUCCUGGCAGCCAACAUGAAGAUCUUAGUCUCGCUCUGCGUCUUUGUGCCCCUGCUGGCACUGGCCACAGCAGAGGAGGAAGCCGUUCUGGAAUCCAUCCUGAGAGACAGAUCUCACAUCGAGGAAACUCUGAGGCUCGCGGCGGAUGAGAAAGCAGGAGAUUAUGCUGCUGCUUUGCAGAGGCUGAGGAAGAUCUACCACAACUCCAUCAGGCCCAUGGAACAGGCCUACAAGUACAAUGAGCUGAGACAGCAUGAGAUCUCAGCCUAUCCUGGACGCACACUGGGGGAUUCUGCCACAGAUGGAGAAAUCACCUCCAAACCCAUGGUGCUGUUCCUCGGACCCUGGAGUGUGGGCAAGUCCUCCAUGAUUAACUAUCUGUUGGGUUUGCAGGACACCCCUUAUCAGCUGUACACAGGCGCUGAGCCCACUACCUCAGAGUUUACCGUCAUCAUGCACGGCGAGAAGAUCCGCACCGUGGAGGGCAUCGUCAUGGCUGCUGACAGCUCUCGCUCCUUCUCCCCGCUGGAGAAGUUCGGCCAGAACUUUUUGGAGAAGCUGGUUGGCAUUGAGAUGCCCCACAAGCUCCUGGAGAGGGUCACAUUUGUGGACACGCCUGGAAUCAUUGAGAACCGCAAGCAGCAGGAGAGAGGUUAUCCAUUCAACGACGUGUGCCAGUGGUUUAUCGAUCGCGCCGACCUCAUUUUCGUGGUUUUUGAUCCCACUAAGCUGGACGUCGGUCUCGAAUUGGAGAUGCUCUUCCGUCAGCUGAAAGGUCGGGAGUCCCAGAUCCGUAUCAUCCUUAACAAAGCCGACAGCUUGGCAACCCAGGACCUCAUGCGUGUCUACGGCGCCCUCUUCUGGAGCCUGGCACCCCUCAUUAACGUAACCGAGCCCCCACGUGUGUACGUCAGCUCUUUCUGGCCCUACGACUAUGCGCCUGACACCAGCCGCGAACUCUUCAAACGCGAGGAGAUAUCCUUACUGGAAGACCUGAACCAGGUAAUCGAGAAUCGUCUGGAGAACAAAAUCGCCUUUAUUCGGCAGCACGGCAUCCGCGUUCGCAUUCAUGCCCUCCUGGUGGACCGCUACGUGCAGACCUUUAAGGAGAAGAUGAGCUUCUUCAGUGAUCCCGAACUGGUCUUCAAAGAGAUCGUGGAUGAUCCUGACAAGUUCUACAUUUUUAAGUCCAUCCUGGCCAAAACCAACGUCAGUAAGUUCGACCUGCCCAACCGAGACGCUUACCGCGACUUCUUUGGGAUCAACCCGGUGAACAGCUUCAAGCAGCUGUCGGCCCAAUGCUCCUACAUGGGCGGUUGUCUUCUGGAGAAGAUCGAGCACGCCAUAACCCACGAACUGCCCUCUCUGCUCGGCAGCAUCAACUCCGGCAAGAACCCGACCCUGUCUUCCUGCGAGGCCACUGGCUGCGGCGAGAAGCCCAAGAACCGCUACCGGCGAAACUGAGAGAAGAAAACAAGGUGGGAGGGAGACCGAGGAGGAGGACGAGAGAUAGAAAGGAGGGACGGUGGAGCGAACAAACCAAGGAGGAGCAGUGGAGCUAAUCCUGUUCCUGCCGCAGGUCCGUUUCGAGGCAACGGAGACGGAUCUCACGGGACUUUUUUUUGCGUGAAGAGGUUGUGUGUGGGGACGUUUGAGGGCGGGGGAUUCUGGGAUGGGGUGGAGGGAGGUUCUUGUGAAGUCUUGAGGCGGAGUUUCUUGUGAAUGCGAGGAGAGCGCGCCAAAAUAACUCUCCUCUCUUUCCGCACUACUUUUAUAAACUGUCUGCAGUUUUGGAGGGAAAAAUGUGUACGCAUGGAAAAACAAAAAAUGGCUGACACACACUUAAAAAAUGUAAAAAAUAGCAAAAAUAAAAUAUCCUGAGACUGAAAAUCAGGUAUCAGCUGCCUUGAAUGUGAACCAAAAUGCAACUGCCAUGUUUUAAACAUACUGAUUCUACAAUCAGUUCCCUAGUCAUGCAUUUUUCCACUGUCUUUGGGUUGAUUUGUUCACUUUUAUAGGUUAGUAACUAUGGAUGAUUGUUUCUCUCUCCUGAGAUAUUGAUAAGCUAGUAGCAUUUUUACACUGCAUGUUAUGAUACAGUUCCAUAUGGGUUUGGUUUCUGUCACAUUUCCACUUAUCCAUUUUGUAUACCACAAUAAAAACUGAUUUACACUCUUAAAAAUAAAGGUUCCAAAGGUUGGCAGCAAUGCCAUAGAAAAAGUUCACACAAAAAUUUAAAUUUGCUGAGAAUUCACUCACCCCCAGGCCAUUUAAGAUGUAGAUGGGUUUGUUUCUUUAUCAGAAAAGAUUUGGGGAAAUUUUGCAUUAUAUGAGCAGUGAAUGGGUGCCGUCGGAAUGAGAGUUCAAACAGCUGUUAAAAACUCCACAAGUAACACAACUUCAGUCCAUCAAUUAACAUCUUUUAAAGUGAAACGCUGUGUGUUUGAAGAAACAAAUCCAUCAUUAAAGUAUUUUUAACUUUAAACCACCACUUCUGACCAAAAUAUCACUCCAUAGAG